CUUCACUUAGCCUGAAUGAGCGAUGGAGCGCACAGCAUCAGACACAGAAACCGAUGAUUAUGAACAGCCUUUGCUUCAUCGGAGAAAGGACGACGACAUAAAAAGAGCGCCAGUGCUAUGCUCUUCACGCUACGGCCUUGCCUUACUGUCCUGCUAUGGCUUCUUUGUGGCAUACGCGCUGCGGGUGAACCUCAGUGUGGCCAUGGUGGAUAUGCUGAAAAACCGUAGCAGCAGUGACAACGUCAGUGGCUCUGUGUGCCCGAGGCAUACCAGUCCAGCACGACCCAGCCACAAUCACACAGCCAGUGUGUAUGACUGGGACUCAGAGACUCAGGGCUGGAUCCUGGGCUCCUUCUUUUACGGCUACAUUUUCACUCAGAUACCAGGUGGCUACAUGGCACGCAAAUAUGGUGCCAAGUGGCUGCUGGGCUUCGGCAUCCUGGGAACUGUGAUCUUCACUCUGCUUACACCUGUGGCUGCAGACCUGGGAGCUGGCUAUCUCAUCGCAGUCAGGGUACUGGAGGGCAUAGGGGAGGGAGUGACGUUUCCUGCCAUGCAUGCUAUGUGGGCAUCCUGGGCUCCACCCUUGGAGAGGAGUCGACUGCUUACUAUCUCUUAUUCAGGUGCUCAGCUUGGCACUGUAGUAGCCCUUCCCCUAUCUGGUCAGAUAUGUUUUUAUCUGGAUUGGACGUAUGUCUUCUAUAUAUUUGGAGCUAUUGGGCUCUUCUGGUUCUUCCUAUGGACAUUUCUGGUCAGUAACAAUCCUGACACACACACAAGGAUAUCAGAAGUUGAGAAGACCUACAUAAAAGCUUCAUUAAAAAAAGAGUUGUCUCCAAGUUCAGCUUACAUCCCAUGGCCAUCAAUUCUCACAUCUCUUCCACUAUGGGCCAUAGUUAUUGCACACUUCUCCUACAACUGGACAUUCUACACACUAUUGACACUCUUACCCACUUACAUGAAUGACAUUCUGGGCUUCAGCAUUAAGGAGAACGGGAUGCUCUCUGCUCUGCCCUACUUGGGCUGCUGGCUGCUGUCUAUGGGGGGAGGCCAGUUAGCAGACUACCUAAGGGAGAGCUGUCUUUUCCGCACUGUGACUGUGCGCAAGGCCUUCACCAUAUUAGGUAUGGUGGGACCAGCUGUGUUCCUGGUGGCAGCAGGAUACACUAACUGUGACUACAUUCUGGCUGUUGUUUUCCUCACCAUCUCCUCGUCUCUUGGAGGCUUUUCAGCCUCUGGCUUUAACAUUAAUCAUCUUGACAUCGCACCAUCGUAUGCUGGAAUAUUGCUGGGAAUCACAAACACGUUUGCAACCAUACCUGGCAUGGUGGGUCCAGUGAUAGCGAGAUCACUGACCAAAUCUAACACCAUGGCAGACUGGCGAACAGUGUUCUUCAUCUCAGCUGCGAUAAAUCUGUUUGGUGCUAUCUUCUACACAUUGUUUGGAAAAGGUACAGUUCAGCCCUGGGCAGUCCAGAGGUUAAACAUAGAAUGAAAAAGAACUGAAAGGACACUAUGGCAUUAAAAAUUCGGGUGAUGGAUUCAGAUGAUUCAGUUUGAAGACUUGUGCACAGCUGGUUAACUUUUUGACCAUGCUGAAUGUUCUAUAAUAACAUUAUACUGUACAUUUUACAAAGAUGUUUUAAUGUCUUUCUGCUCUUUUGCUUUCAGUUUCAUUUGGUUUUUAGGCAUUUUGUAUGAUUUAGAAAGCCAGUAUUUUCAUAAGAACAUGACUUUAGCCAGUGUUCAUCUUUAAUAGCAGAACAUUUAAUUAGUGCCGAACGUUUUCAUUUUAACUGCUCAGAAAUCAUUGGUUAGUUUUAAAAACCAGAGGUGGCUUGCCCAUACUGUAGGAAUGUCUGGUGUUUUUCAGCAAUUAAAAAAAAAAAAGUCUUCACAAA